AUGCAACUCCCUCCGAAGGCGAUCAUGGCCACUUGGCCGAAACCAAACUACGUCAAUUCCGAGUCUCGCGGCCAUGGAGUCGCCUAUGUGAAUGCCAUUUUCACUUUCCUCGCGCUUGUGGUGGUCAUGCUCCGUAUGUACGCUCGUGCGUGGAUCACAUAUAGCGUUGGAGUGGACGACUGGCUUAUCUUCGCUGCUCUGAUCUUCACGAUCGGAAUGGUGGCCGUGACGACCUUGGCGACAGAGAGCUGGGGAUGGGACAGACAUGUUUGGGAUGUCCCGGUCGUCUGGCUAUCGACCGUGCAAAAGCUGAAUGUGAGCUUUCAGAUCCUGUAUAGUCAAGCGACGAGUUUGACCAAGAUCUCUAUUCUCUGGUUUUGUCGGCGCCUGCUGGGCGCGGGUAAGAAGGGAGGAAUGCAGGUGUAUAAUUGGAUCUUUAUAAUUGCCAUGUUUGUCGCAUUCAUGGCGAAUGUGCUGUUCACCAUCACGAGUAUCUUCCAGUGUUCACCCGUCAAAGCAUACUGGACGGUAGACCCGCAAUUCAAACACCACUGCCUCAAUGAGGGCAACGUGCUCUUUGCUGCCAGUGUGAUCAACCUCUUCACCGAUUUCAUGACCACGGCCGUGCCGAUGCCACUCAUUUGGCGCCUCAAACUCCCUGUUCGCCAACGUCUUGCCGUCAUGUCCAUCUUUGGCCUCGGUGUCCUCGUCACAGUCGCCGGGUCUUUCAGGACUGCCUUCGUGUGGCAGAGUAUGGUAGUCGGAUAUGACAGGACCUGGCUCAGUUGGCCCAUUCUGAUCACCGCCUCGAUUGAGAUCAACAUUGGUCUGAUUUGCGCCUGUGCACCCGCUCUCCGACCGCUUGUCGUUAAAUGGUUCCCCAGGCUCGACAGCAGUAAAGGCAAUUCGAGCUAUGAUCCUAAAGCACGGAGCGGAUCAUCAAAGCCAUGGCUGUCCACUGCGCGGUCUCACAAGAUGAUCAAGAAUCCAGAUGCCAGCAUCAUGGCGGUUACUAAUGUCGGAUACGAAGAUGAUCAGGAGGGCAUAAUGCGCACUGUUGAGCUCGAAGCGUGGUCGACGAAGCAGGGCCAGCUCACCGGUCAUACUUAUGAGAUUCCUCCGGCGGAUCGGUCACGGUCCCCUUCCAGCCUUGAGGCAAAGGACGACAUCAUCGUGUAUUCAUCUGCUUGCAGUGGUCAGUCCUCUGGUGUAUUGGGUCGAGAUGAUACUCGUCGAGUCCGUGCAUGGUCAUAG